UUCCCCUUCCAGUCAUUUCUAGUCCGCUUCUAGUAAUUUCUACGGCGAGUGCGCAAGCUCCUUGCAUUUCAAAACGAGUUUUCGAGAAAAACCAGGGUCCUAAAACCAAGCACACCGGCGCUCAGCUAACCCAUUAACUAGACACCGCUGUCAUCAUGGCGAAAUGGGGAGAAGGGGAUCCACGCUGGAUCGUGGAGGAGAGAGCCGAUGCAACAAACGUCAAUAACUGGCAUUGGACCGAACGAGAUGUGACCGGCUGGUCAACAGACAAGCUGAAGGAGCUUCUAUUGGGGCUGCGCGUGGAGGGCCCAGAGGGGAGCUGCGAGGUCACUGACAUCCCCAAUCUGGAUGGUGAGGCAUCCAUCAACAACCGCAAGGGGAAGCUCAUCUACUUCUACGAGUGGAACGUCAAGGCGACGUGGACUGGAACAUCAAAAACCGGAAUCAAGUACAAAGGGAACAUCGAAGUUCCCAACCUCUCCGAUGAAAAUGACAUGGACGACCUAGAUAUCAGUGUGUCACUUUGCAAAGAUGAACCCAACACAACCCUCACCGAACUCAUGAAGAAGGAGGGAGCGAAGAAAGUGCGCGCUGCCCUGGGGAGCUAUGUGGACCACCUCAAAUCCGAGUUCACUCAGGGCAUGAUCCUCCCAACGGCGAAUGGAGUGGCGAGCAAGCCACAGCCAACGCAGACAAAGGUCAAAGUGGACAAAACCCAGAUUGGCUCCUCCGUAUCAGCCCCCUCUCCUAGCACAGGGGUCAAGAUCCCCACCUGCAAGUUUAGUCUCAAGGAGACCUUCCUCACCUCACCUGACGAGCUGUACAGAACCUUCAUCAACCAGGACAUGGUCCAGGCGUUCACCCAUGCUGCAGCAGUGGUCGACGGAGACAAAGGAGGGAAGUUUCAACUGCUAGAGGGAAGCGUCAACGGAGAGUUUCUGGAGCUGGUCCCAGAUGAAAAGAUAGUUAUGAAAUGGAGGUUCAAGACCUGGCCAUGUGAGCACUAUGCAACUAUUACCCUGAACAUGAAGGAUCGAGGCAAUGAGACUGAGCUGAAGGUAGAAUUUAAAGGAGUCCCGACGGUAGAGGAGGAUCGGACAAAGGAGGGUUGGAAGAGACACUACUUUGAAGCCAUCAAACAGACUUUUGGAUUCGGGGCCCGACUCUACUGAAUAAUGUAAAAAAAAAAAGAGAAAAAAAAGAACCUGAUUAUUUAAUGUGGAUGAAUACUCUCUUUAGUGCAGUCUCUUGUAGCACCAGCCCUACAUCGUGUGUAGACAAACGGUGCCUUUUCCACUUGGAAGACUGGCAGUCCGUGUAAGGGUCAUUGGUUCAAGGCUUUCUUUGAUGUCUGUGCUUACUUUACUGAGUCUAUAGGCAAAAUGAGAUGUAGAAACAAUUACUCGAUCGACAGUAUAUUUGGAAUUAACUAUUAGCAUUCUCAAUCUCUAAUUCUGCACAUUUGAAGUGUGUCAUGCUGAAAUAAAUUACAUUUUUACUGAA